AUGGUGCAGUCCUUAGAAGUUGUGAAGAAUUCGAGCUCUCAUGUCACAACUAUUGAGAUGCCUGCUGCUAGUUUUGGAUCAAUUGCACAGCUGCCAGGAACGGGAGACUGUGGGAUAAAGGAUGUAUGGAAUCAUAAUUUGCAUGAAGAAUUUCAAAUAAUAAGACAAGUUGUUCAAAAAUACCACUGGGUGGCAAUGGACACAGAGUUUCCAGGAGUUGUUGCCAGACCUAUCGGAGAAUUCAGAUCCACCGCUGACUAUCAGUAUCAACUAUUAAGAUGUAAUGUUGAUCUCCUAAGAAUUAUUCAGUUGGGUCUCACAUUCAUGGAUGAAAACGGCAAAACUCCUCCUGGUUACACCACAUGGCAAUUCAACUUUAAAUUCAACCUCCAAGAGGAUAUGUAUGCGCAAGACUCAAUAGAUUUACUGCAGAACUCAGGUCUCCAAUUCAGAAAGCAUGAAGAAGAUGGCAUUGAGCCCCUGGAGUUUGCAGAACUAUUGAUGUCAUCUGGGCUGGUGUUAAUGGAUAAUAUAAAGUGGCUCAGUUUUCACUCCGGCUAUGAUUUCGGUUACCUUCUAAAACUGCUAACUGAUCAGAACUUACCGCAAGAUGAAAAUGAUUUUUUUGAAAGUUUGAGGCUUUACUUUCCAACUGUUUACGAUGUAAAGUACUUAAUGAAGUUAUGCAAAAACUUGAAAGGUGGACUGCAGGAGGUGGCAGAUCAGUUAGAACUGCGUCGAGUGGGACCUCAACACCAAGCCGGUUCCGACUCACAUCUAACAGGAAUGGCAUUCUUUAAAAUAAAGGAGAUAUUCUUUGAUGACAACAUCGAAAAUUCCAGUGGACAUUUAUACGGUUUGGGUGCUCCCUUCUCCGUAAAUGUAAACAAUUUCCAAGACAACGGGGAGAAUGGAAACUCCUCCUGAUCUUUAGAAAAUGGGCAUGUUAUAAGCCUAACACCACAACCUCCGGUGUUCCAUAUUUCAGAGUGAAAAUAACAUUGAAUGUGUGCUGUGUACAUAAAGUAACUGUGAGUGACAAUUCGACAUUAAGUGAGCACUUCUUUCUGUGUGAAUAAACUCCUGUUAUGUCCCCUAUUUCAUUUAUACAAGUUAAUUUUACAAAUUUAAAAAAAUCUGCAAUGAAAUCAUAAUUAUGUAUAUAAAUAAAUUAAUUCCAUGCAUCCA